AAUUCAAACCACCAUCAUUCUCUUACGACGCCUAUUCCUCACCAUUAGAAGCCCAUUUCUAUUGGAAGACUGCCAUCAUGUCUAAGAUCACAGUCGCCGGAGUGCGUCAGAACGUCGCCGACGUUCUCGAGUACAGCCUCGAGACCAAGAAGCGCAACUUCCUCGAGACCGUCGAGCUCCAGAUCGGCCUGAAGAACUAUGACCCCCAGCGUGACAAGCGUUUCUCUGGCACCGUCAAGCUGCCCACCAUCCCUCGUCCCAACAUGGGCGUCUGCAUCCUCGGUGACCAGCACGAUAUCGACCGUGCCAAGCACGGCGGUGUUGACGCCAUGUCGGCCGACGACUUGAAGAAGCUCAACAAGAACAAGAAGCUCAUCAAGAAGCUUGCCCGCAAGUACGACGCCUUCAUUGCCUCCGAGAGUCUGAUCAAGCAGAUUCCUCGUAUCCUGGGUCCUGGAUUGUCCAAGGCCGGCAAGUUCCCCACGCCUGUCUCUCACGCCGAUGACCUCUCUGCCAAGCUCACCGAGGUCAAGUCCACCAUCAAGUUCCAGCUGAAGAAGGUUCUGUGCAUGGGUGUCGCUGUCGGCAACGUCGGCAUGACCCAGGAGGAACUGGUCGCCAACAUCAUGUUGGCCAUCAACUACCUGGUGUCGCUGCUGAAGAAGGGCUGGCAGAACGUGGGAUCUCUCACGCUCAAGGCCACCAUGUCUCCUCCUAAGCGCCUCUACUAAAGGAGCCAUCAACCUGGGAUGGACUGGGGUCGGCUCGUUAUCACGGCUUUAGGCCAGGUACCAUAGCUAUCCCGUAGCUGAUCAAUCCAACGAAGCCUCUCCAAUUGCUCGAUGCUACAUGCAACAAUGUAAUAUGAUGAUUGCUAGAAGGGACUUGAGGGAGGUACGGGGGGUUCAUCUUGCUGCGCGAGCAGUACAAUUUCCUGUACGACUACAGAUCUGUAGCAGGACUGAGCUCACAUGCCUUGAAGGCAUACCGCGUAGGAAGAACUCAGGUGCAUUGGCUCCACUGCGGCCUCCCAAUGGGGCCUCGAUUCAUUGCGAGCAAAGACUUGGAAGCAGAAACUUCUCGAUGCAAUUGCAAUACCGUAAAAGUCGUCCCGUUGGCAAUGUACAGGAAAGAUCUCAGGGGCU